GUUCAUCAUUAUACGGUCAAGCUCUGUUCAUCAUUAUACGACUCAAUUCGAUACCAAGAUAGAAGACAGACAAAUACGAUAAUUAAGACCAGUGCUAACACGGAGACUGAAAUACGUUUAUCUUACAAUACUUAGCAUCAAUAAAAUUUAAAAUGUCUUGGAAUCAGCCUAAUGGGAUACCGCCGUUGGUAGGUCAAGCGAAAGGAAAGUUUGGAAAAAGAUUCCGUAAAUAUGAAUAUGUUUUGGAUCCGGACGUCACGUUUUGUAAUAACGGAGCGUUCUCUGCAGUACCAAAACGAGUGCUCGAAGUGCAAGCCAGAUUUAGAUACAUUCAAGAAACAGACCCAGAAGCCUGGUUUCGAUAUGAAGUCAAAAGAGAAAUUGCAAACGCAACUGACAAAGUUGCGGAAAUGUUCGGUUCGAAUCCAGAAAACCUAAUUCUAGUGGAAAAUGCAUCAACUGGUAAGAUAAACUAUAAAAACUCGAAGUAUCUAUCCAUUACGCAAUAUAAAAAUAGUUAAUUAGUUUGACGAUGAUUUUUUGUUUUCACAGUCAGAUAGUUGAAUUACAUAAAAAAAAAAACAAUUACUGUAGUAGCCUUAUGCAAAUAUGAGUUACAUAUAAAAUCCCAUUUAUGUGUAUUAUAAGAUAUUAUUGUUUUAAUUGUAAGUCAGUAUGUUGUUAUUUUUGAAUUUUUAGAAAGAACUUAAACAUUAAAAAACAUCACCAAUUGAAUCAUGUACAUUCGAAUAAAAAUAACACUGCAUUGAAUAAUAAAAUCUAUGGAGGUCUAGCCAUGUUUGAAAAAUAAUUAAAUGAGGUUCAUAAUUUAUAUUUAGAAAUGUGCCUUUUUUAUAAUACAUUUUAUUAUAUACUAUACACCUCCAUGAUCCUUCAAAUCUAUUCACUUUAUUAUAUUGUUGUUAAGAUCUCAUAAUCCCUAUUUAUUAUAUACGAGGAUAAAAAUAUUAGUAAUAAAAUCUACGACUUUUUUUGUAUGUUUUCAUCAAAUUAUGGCAGAAAUUCAUUUUAGGAUGUGCACCUGCACGUUUUCAGCAACUGGCCUGAUAACUUACACACCUUUCAGUGAAUCAACAACAUCAAAAAUUGAUAAAAAUCGUCCCGUAUAUACCCAUAGAUAGUUUUCAAAUGAACAGUUGUGUUGUUCAGAAUAUCUGACGUUUUAAAUAAAUUGAUUUCAUCGUCUUCAAGCACUAGAAUAAAGAUGAGAUUCAAUACUGUAAUCAAAUACA